AUGAUUGAUGGAUUAAAAUUAAAGAAUCAAUUCCAUUACGAUGAAGAAAAGUAUAUGAAAAGAGCAAUGGAGAAACAAAAUACCGAUCCAACAGGGUACAAAUGUCAACAUGAUUCAAUAACUGAAAAGAGAAAUUUAAAAGUUUCCCAAAGAAUUAAAGAACACAUGGAAAAGAACCCAAAUUUAUCUUCACAAAAAAAUAAUUUACAAGCUGCUGAUAAUGAAGGUACUGUAAAUGACAAGAUUCGUUUCUAUUUCAAUACUUCAUUCAUCUCCGAUAGAACCGAUCCAUAUGCAUGUUACGAAGUUGGUCAAAAAAUUUCAGUUGGUGACACCACUGCAAAUGUUGCUUGUUCAAGUACCUCAGACUCUGCCUGUAUUUACACAUGUACUGAAGCAGAUAUUCAAUCUUCAGCUCUUCAAAACUUUAUUAAAAGUAGUAUUAUCGAAACCAUUAAAGAGGUUUUCGAAUCUAGAAUUAAAAUUAGAAAUCCAAAUGAAAACAUUAAAUUCAAUUAUCUUUCAAAUGAUUAUACUUGUGACUAUGGUGUAGAUAUUCCAAACUCCUUUUUUACUCAAGGUAUUGAAAAUAUCGAUAUGUAUGUUUGGGUAACCUCAAGACCAACUCCAAGUAAUAAUACUAUUGCUUAUGCUUUUUCAUGUAAUUUUGAUACAAGUAGUAGUAUUUACGGUAGACCAACUGCAGCAUCUAUUAAUUUCAAUCCAUUAUACUUUACCCCAUUUAUUAAUGCUGAAAAUUCAAUCUCAUUCAACGAAUAUGUUAGAGUCGGUAUCCAUGAAAUGACCCAUGCUUUAGGUUUCAGUUCCACUUUCUAUCAAUCAUUUAUUGUUCCAAAUACCAAUGAUGUAAUUAACGAUGGUGAUGGUGCUGCCAAAACAAUAACCAUCAAAGAUACUACUCCAUCAGGUGAAUCAUUCAGUUAUAAAAAGAAUGCUAUCUACUCACCAGGUGUUGUCGAGUUUGCUAAACAACAUUACAAAUGUGACAGUAUCGAAUAUCAAGAAUUAGAAGAUUAUGGUGGUUCAGGUACUGCUGGUAGUCAUUGGGAAGCUAGAACUGCUGGUGAAGAAUAUAUGAUUGGUUUUGUUAGCCCAAUUAUGCCAAUUACCAACCUUUCAUUAUCAUUGUUACAAGACUCUGGUUGGUAUGUAGUUGAUGGUUCAGACAGUGAUCCAUUCCUUUGGGGUAAAAGUUUAGGAUGUGAUUUCGUUAAAAAACAAUGUUCAGACACAACAUGGAACUAUCAAGGUUAUUUCUGUACAGAGGACCAAGCUGUAAGUUGUACAGGUACUAGAAUGGGUAAAGGUGUUUGUUCCAUUAUAACACUUCCAUCCUCAUCUAAAGAGUUAUAUCCACAAUACCAACAUUUCAAAGACCCAAGAACCAUAGGUAUUAAUUUUGCCGCUGAUGGUUGUCCAUUCUACCAAGUUCAAGAUAAUAAUGUAUAUUGUUUUGAUACUUCAAAGAGCAGUACCGCAAAUGCUGAUGUCUAUGAAACCUACUGUGAAAAUUGCAGAUGUUUCGAAUACGCUAGCGAUAACAACAAAACCCAACAAGCUUGUUGGGAACAAAGAUGUGGUGACAAAGGUCUCCAACUUAAAAUCAACAAUCAAUGGUUCGAUUGUCCAGAUUCAUCAACCAUUGUCGCCUUUGAUGUCUCAAUUAUGUGUCCAAAAGGUUCAACUUUUUGUGGAGGUACACCAGUUCCAAUAAAUAUCGUAAGUGGUAAUCCAGCUUCAGUUAUAUUACCAACUUUAUUAUUAUCAAUUAUUUCCUUAUCAUUAUUAUUUUUAAUUUUAUAA